CGCUAAUAGUUAUCUGUUGUUUAGAGCAUGCCAUUUGUCAUCGGGACCACUUUUCCACAUGUGAGGAAGCAGACGUUAUGUGAUGAAGGUCACACAAUGGUCCUGGAUGAUCAGAGGGUAAGACGUUGCCCUCUCCGCUGCCUCACUCAGCACCCCGACUUCUGAAAAAGCAGGGCCUUGUGGUGUGUGAACGAUGGGAAGGAUGCACUGCGCUCAUUGCCCGCAAAACCUAUACCAGUGAGGGUCUGCACCCAGUAGGCAUUCACGUAAUACUUUUGAUUUAGGUUUCCCAACGUCCAUUUUGUUGUUUGAUGUAGUACUGAUGAUACCAAGUUUAUUUGACUUCCAUACAGUUUUGACUCCUUUCUCUUUGCAGAGAGAUGGAAAAAGUAGAUCAAUGUUUAAUCCUCCCUCUACGCACAGGAAGUAUCAGUAUCUUUCGAUGAGGACACAGAGAUUCAGGGAAGUUAAGUAACUCACGUAAAGCCACCUGCAGCUACUAAACGGCAGCGGGGGAUCCGAGCCACAUCUGCUUAACUCCAGGGUGCAUGCUGGACCAUCUUUAGCUGGUCACAGAACGACCUGGAGAAAAGGAAACCCCUCAGGCAAGACGUAUGGGUGGAGUUAGACGUCCAGCUUCAGGAUCCCUACUUCCUUGAGUAACCUGUGUAACCUUAGCAAGUCUGGGCUUCAGUUUACUCAUCUGUAAACUAUCCACGAAUAAUUGUCCCUGUCUUACAGGAUUGUUGGGAGAAUUAAGUAGGUAAAGCAUAGCACAUGUAACAAUAUAUAAGUGUUAGCUUUAUUACUGUUACAUGUAACGGGACUCUCUUGAAGCUCCAACAGCCAGGAACAAUACAUUCAGGCCUGCAGCUUCACACCUCCAGGGGGCACCAUUUCCCUUAUAUUCUAUGCUGUCAUACGUUUUAUAUACAUUUCUACAAAUGAUACCCCUGAGAGUUAUGCAGUGUGGCAAUUCUGAAUAGAUGCCACAUUCCAAAGACAGACGGAAGUUCCCAUAUCAUGCAGCAUUUGCAAAAGGGAAAUCUGAAAUCUGCUUUUUGGUCCUUUAGCCAUUCCCUACCUAAUAUGUAUGAGAGGAUUGAAGGUAUAAGAAAAAGGUCUCUCUGAAGAGAACCGUUGACACCCUAUGGCAUUUUUCCUCUCUCAAGAGUGAAAGUAUUUUUCCGGGCACUACUCAGAGACCUUUUCAUCUCUGGGGUUUGGGAAGCAUAAGGCAUGCUGUGAGAAGAUGUGGCAGGAAAGGACAAAGCGGAAGACCAGGCUGCUGAGGGAGCGGGCCACAUUUCUAACACCCGAGGCAGAAACACAUAAGAUUUUUCUCCCAAGGGCCAACCGGACCUCUGGGAAUAGACUUGAAGCUAUCUUUAAAGGCAAUGUGCUCAAGAGAGCUGCCUGGAGAAGCUAAAAGACACAGCAGAGGGACUCCCAAAGAACCCUGUUGUACAUGCCUUCUAACCAGAAGGGAGAGAUCACCUGCCUUAUGUGAGUUAGACCUGGAAGAUACCAGCAAAAGAAUCUCCAGAACACCUGCAGAAAGUACCCCCUCCGAGAAAAAAAUCAGAAAGCACCAGAACCAGAUCACUAUGACACCAGCCGGAUGGAGAUGUCAAGUACAAAUCAUAAAAUGGAUACAAAGAAGCCUAAAGCAUUUGGACCUAGAUUGGAUCAGGGAGGACUGCGUAUAUCAAAUGAAGAAGAUUGGUUUAAUACGUCUAGAGGCAACCGAAAACAUGGUGCAUCCUUUAUCAUCACCAAAGCAAUUAGAGAUCGUUUAUUAUUUUUACGCCAAUACAUCUGGUACAGCCCUGUGCCUUUUUUGCUCCCUGAUGGACUGGUUCGCUUGGUUAAUAAACAGAUACAUUGGCAUUUGGUACUUGCAAGCAAUGGAAAAAUUUUGGCUGCUGUUCAAGAUCAGUGUGUGGAGAUCAGGUCCGCAAAAGAUGAUUUUACAUCCAUUAUUGGGAAAUGUCAAGUUCCAAAAGACCCAAAACCCCAGUGGAGACGUGUAGCAUGGAGUUACGAUUGUACCCUGCUGGCCUACGCUGAAAGUACGGGAACCGUGAGGGUGUUUGAUCUCAUGGGAAGCGAACUCUUUGUUAUUACCCCGGCAUCCAGUUUAGCAGGUGAUUUGAGCUGUGCCAUUGCUGGGUUGAUAUUUUUAGAAUAUAAAGCCAGUGCACAGUGGUCUGCAGAACUCCUGGUCAUCAAUUACCGAGGAGAACUUAAAAGUUACCUUGUAAGUGUUGGAACAAAUCAGAGCUAUCAAGAGAGUCACUGUUUCAGCUUCAGUAGUCAUUAUCCUCACGGAAUCAACACAGCUAUUUACCAUCCUGGUCACAGACUUUUACUGGUUGGUGGAUGCGAAACUGCUGAAGUGGGCAUAUCCAAAGCGUCUAGCUAUGGCCUAUCUGCCUGGAGAGUUCUUUCAGGAUCGCCUUAUUAUAAGCAGGUUACUAAUGGUGGAGACAGGGUCACUGCAGUACCGAAGACCCUGGGAUUGUUAAGGAUGUUAAGUGUCAAGUUUUAUAGUCGCCCGGGACAAGAACAGGAUGGGAUCUUUAAGAUGAGCCUCUCUCCAGAUGGGACCCUCCUUGCUGCCAUUCAUUUCUCAGGGAAACUAAGCAUCUGGGCCAUUCCGUCUCUGAAGCAGCAAGGGGAAUGGAAUCAAAAUGAGCAGCCAGGCUAUGACGACCUUAAUCCUGACUGGAGGCUCUCUCCUGAGAAGAGAAAAAAAAUCAAAGAUAAAGAGUCCUUUUACCCACUGAUUGAUGUAAAUUGGUGGGCAGCCGGUGCAGUGACUUUGGCUCGCUGUUCUGGUGCUUUGACGGUUUCGUCGGUGAAAACUUUGAAGAAUUUACUGGGAAAAUCCUGUGAGUGGUUUGAACCAUCACCUCAAGUCACUGCUACCCAUGAUGGAGGAUUCUUAAGUUUGGAGUGUGAGAUUAAACUUGCUCCCAAACGAUCUCGUUUGGAGACUAGGGGUGGAGACGAAGAUGAAGGUGAAGAGGAUUCGGAUUCCGAUCAGGAAAUAUCCGCGAAGGCUCGCUACUUCGGCUACAUAAAGCAGGGCCUGUACCUGGUGACGGAGAUGGAGCGAUUUGCACCUCCACGGAAACGCCCGCGAACCAUUACUAAAAACUACCGCCUCGUGAGUUUGCGCUCCACGACUCCAGAAGAGCUUUAUCAGAGAAAGAUUGAAAGUGAAGAAUAUGAGGAAGCCUUGUCUCUGGCUCAGACGUACGGCCUGGACACUGACCUAGUGUAUCAGAGACAGUGGAGGAAGUCCGCGGUCAACAUUGCUUCCAUUCAGAGUUACUUGAGUAAAAUAAAGAAACGAUCUUGGGUUCUUCAUGAGUGUUUGGAAAGGGUUCCCGAAAAUGUGGACGCUGCAAAGGAACUGCUUCAGUAUGGAUUGAAAGGCACGGACCUGGAGGCCCUGGUGGCGAUAGGGAAAGGAGCAGAUGAUGGCAGAUUCACAUUACCUGGUGAAGUAGACAUUGACAGUCUCCCCUAUGAAGAGCUUUCACCACCUGAUGAAGAGUCUGCCAAGAAUAAGAAGGAGAAGGAGAUGAAGAGGAGACAGGAACUACUUAAAUUAGUAAACUUUUCGAAGUUAACACUGGAGCAAAAGGAACUUUGCCGUUGUCGACUGAAAUUAUUAACCUACUUAGAUCGGCUUGCAACAUACGAGGAAAUCCUGGGAGUACCUCAUGCCUCUGAACAGAGAUAUGAUGCUGAAUUCUUUAAGAAGUUCAGGAAUCAGAAUAUUGUUCUCUCAGCAAGAACUUAUGCUCGGGAAAGUAAUGUACAAGCCCUAGAAAUUCUGUUCACUUAUCAUGGAUCAGACCUGCUUCCUCAUCGCCUCGCGAUUCUCUCCAACUUCCCAGAGACCACUUCUCCACAUGAAUAUUCUGUCUUGCUGCCUGAAGCUUGUUAUAACGGAGACUCCUUGGUGCUCAUUCCCUGGCGUGAACACAAACACCGGGAGAAAGAUUGGUGUGAGGAGCCGGAGCGCAGAGAAAACCAGGUUUCUGAAUUUAUAUUUGAGUCAGAAUCGCCUGGAGGUGUUUCACCUGAACGAGGCCUGGCCGGCCAUCACAGAAUGGUGGUCGAGCCGCGUCUGCAAGAUGAAAGUGAAUUCUUGUAUGCCGCACAGCCUGAGUUGCUGAGGUACAGGACGCCGCCGCUCACGGUAGAGAAGGUUGUGGACUGGUAUCAGACAAGAGCAGAGGAAAUAGAGCAUUAUGCUCGACAGGUCGACUGUGCAUUGUCACUCAUUCGACUCGGAAUGGAGCGGAACAUUCCCGGUUUGCUGGUUCUCUGUGAUAAUUUGGUUACCCUGGAAGCCUUGGUUUAUGAAGCCGGGUGCGAUUUAACCCUAACCUUGAAAGAACUCCAGCAGAUGAAAGACAUUGAAAAACUAAGAUUGCUGAUGAGUAGUUGUUCUGAGGACAAGUAUGUGACAAGUGCCUACCAGUGGAUGGUUCCCUUCCUUCAUCGUUGUGAGAAACAGUCUCCUGGUGUGGCUAAUGAGCUAUUAAAAGAAUAUUUAGUAACUUUAGCUAAAGGGGACUUAAAAUUUCCCCUGAAGAUAUUUCAGCACUCCAAACCAGAUCUGCAACAAAAAAUUAUUCCUGAUCAGGACCAACUGAUGGCAGUCGCUCUAGAGUGUAUCUACAACUGUGAACGAAAUGACCAGCUGUCCCUUUGUUAUGACAUAUUAGAAUGUCUUCCACAAAGAGGAUACGGUCCUAAAACCGAGGCAACCGCAGCUCUUCAUGAUAUGGUUGACCAACUGGAACAAAUUCUCAGUGUGUCAGAGCUUUUGGAGAAACACGGACUUGAGAAACCGAUUUCGUUUGUUAAGAACACUCAGUCUAGUUCAGAAGAGGCACGCGCGCUGAUGGUCAGAUUGACCAGGCAUACUGGUCGGAAGCAGCCUCCCGUCAGUGAGUCUCAUUGGAGAAUGUUGUUGCAGGACAUGUUAACUAUGCAGCAGAAUGUUUACACCUGCCUGGAUUCUGAUGCUUGCUAUGAGAUAUUUACAGAAAGCCUUUUGUGUUCCAGUCGCCUUGAAAACAUCCACUUAGCUGGUCACAUGAUGCACUGCAGUGCUUGUUCGGUAAAUCCGCCGGCUAGCGCGGCCCGUAAAGGAAAGACCCAGUGCAGAGUCAGUUAUGAAAGAAGUAUUGACUUGGUUUUGGCCGCCAGCAGAGAGUACUUUAACGCUUCUACCAGCCUCACUGAUAGCUGCAUGGAUCUGGCCAGGUGCUGCUUACAGCUGAUAACAGAUAGACCUGUGGCCAUUCAAGAGGAGCUUGAUCUUAUCCAAGCCCUUGGAUGUCUUGAAGAAUUUGGGGUAAAGAUCCUGCCUUUGCAAGUAUGUCUCUCUUCCUUAGUGCGACUGUGCUCUGAUCGGAUCGGCCUCAUCAAGGAGUGUAUCUGCCAAUCCCCCACGUGCUACAGACAGUCUGCCAAGCUUCUGGGCCUUGCUGACUUGCUGAGGGUAGCAGGUGAAGACCCAGAAGAAAGGCGUGGACAAGUUCUGAUCCUUCUAGUGGAACAAGCACUUCGUUUCCAUGACUACAAAGCAGCCAAUGUGCAUUGUCAGGAGCUGAUGGCCACAGGUUAUUCUAAGAGUUGGGAUGUUUGUAGCCAGUUAGGACAAUCAGAAAAUUACCAGGACUUGGCCACGCGUCAGGAGCUCAUGGCCUUUGCUUUGACACAUUGCCCUCCUGGCAGCAUUGAACUUCUUCUGGCAGCGAGCAGCAGUCUGCAGACAGAAAUUCUUUAUCAAAAAGUGAAUGUCCAGAUCCAUCCAGAAGGAGGAGAGAGUAUCAGUGUUUCACCGUUAAUUAGUAAAGCGCUCCACGAGGGUGAAGCCAGCGUUCCUGGCAGCAACACAGACCUGUUCCACUGGGGCACCGCGGCCACCAUGAAAGUCCUGUCCAGCACCACGACUACCACCAAGGCCGUGCUGCAGGCCGUGAGUGAUGGGCAGUGGUGGAAGAAGUCUUUAACUUACCUUCGGCCACUUCAAGGGCGAGAGUUUGGCGGUGCUUAUCCAACGGGAACCAUAGCCAAUGAAGGGCUAGAAAGACAAGGCUACCAUCCGUUUUAUGAAUCUGUCCUCUCCGAUCCCUUUGUCACAGAGUCUGCAGUGACCUGUGACCCGUAUCAGCACGUUCCAGUAGAAAGCUUUGCAGAAGUAUUGCUAAGAACUGGAAAACUGGCUGAGACGAAAACUGAAGGGGAGGAGGUAUUUCCAACAACAGAAGUUCUCCUGCAGCUGGCAAGUGAUGCUUUACCAAGUGACAUGACCUUGGCUCUGGCGUACCUCCUGGCCUUACCACAGGUGUUAGAUGCUAACAAGUGCUUUGAAAAGCAGGCCCACUCUGCUUUAUCUCUCCAGCUGGCAGCAUAUUACUAUAGCCUCCAGAUCUAUGCCCGACUGGCUCCAUGUUUCAGGGACAAGUGCCAUCCUCUUUACAGGGCUGAUCCCAAGGAGCUCAUCAAGAUGGUCACCAGGCAUGUGACUCGAUACGGACACGACGCCUGGCCAGAGGACCUGGUUUCACUGACCAAGCAGUUACACUACUACAACGAACGUCUCCUGGAUUUCACGCAGGCCCAGAUCCUUCAGGGCCUCCGGAAGGGUGUGGAUGUACAGCGGUUUACGGCAGAUGACCAGUAUAAAAGGGAAACUAUCCUUGGUUUGGCAGAAACACUUGAGGAGAACGUCUACAGCAUUGCCCUUUCGCUGGCGCAGCGUUACAGUGUCUCCCGCUGGGAAGUUCUCAUGACGCAUUUGGAGUUCCUGUUCACGGACAGCGGUUUGUCCACAGUAGAAAUUGAAAAUCGAGCCCAAGCCCUUCAUCUCUUUGAGACUUUGAAGACUGAUCCUGAAGCCUUUCACAAGCACAUGGUCAAGUAUAUUUACCCCGCUAUAGGUGGCUUUGAUCACGAAAGGUUGCUAUAUUAUUUCUCUCUUCUGGAAAGCUGUGGCUGUGCAGAUUUGGCGCAAUAUGCCAUUAAGCCAGAAACGCACAUUCGGCUGCUGAAGAAAUUUAAGGUCGUUGCUGCAGGUCUUAAUUACAAAAAGCUGACCGAUGACAGCACAAAUCCUCUUGAAGCCCUGGAGCCAGUUCUUUCAAGUCAAAAUAUCUUAUCUAUUUCCAAACUUGUUCCCAAAAUCCCCGCAAAGGAUGGACACAUGCUUUCCCCGAGCUCUCUGUACGCCAUCUGGCUGCAGAAGCUGUUCUGGACUGGAGACCCGCACCUCAUUAAACAAGUCCCGGAGUCCUCCCCCGAGUGGCUCCGCGCCUAUGACGUCUGCGUGAAGUACUUCGAUCGCCUCCACCCGGGCGACCUCCUCGCGGUGGUGGAUGCCAUUACAUUUUCUCCGAAAGCUGUGACCAAGCUGUCUGUGGAAGCACGCAAAGAGAUGACUAGAAAGGCUGUCCAGGCAGUCCAGCAUUUUAUUGAGAAGCCGCGGAAAAGAAGUUCAGAAGACGACAUUCAAGAAGCUAGUGACUCUAAAAUCACCUAUGCGGAUGCCCGGGGCCAUCUGGAGAAAUCACUUGCUCACCUGGAAACCCUCGACCACAGCUUCCUUGUUUCUCUGAGGAAUAGUGAGCAGGAAGCGCUGCAGAAAUACAGCCGCCUGUAUGAUCUGUCCCGAUCAGAAAAGGGGAAAGUUCACGAUCAAGCUGUGGCCAUGUGUCUAGAUGGCCUGCCUCUGAGAAUGAUCCAGAAGCUGCUGCAGGUGGCCGUGGGCCCUCUCGACAUCUCGCCCAAGGACGUAGUGCAGAAUGCAGUGAGGAGAAUAGUUUCUGCCCUGAGCGGAGGCAGCGCUGAGCUCGGUGGGCCCAGGGACCCCCUCCAGGUCCUGGAAGGUGUUGUCGCAGCCGUCCACGCCAGCGUGGACAAGGGGGAAGACCUGGUUUCCUCUGAGGACCUGCUGUUGUGGCUGCGGCCUUUCUGUGCUGAUGACACCUGGCCCGUGAGGCCCCGCAUUCAGGUGCUGCAGAUUUUGGGACAGUCAUUUAACCUGACUGAGGAGGAUGGCAAGCUCCUUGUGUUCUUUCGAACGGAAGCCAUUCUCAAAGCCGCUUGGCCCCAGAGACAGGUGGACAUAGCUGACGUCGAGAAUGAAGAAAACCGCUAUUCUCUCUUCGUGGAGCUCCUGGAAUGUAGCCACCAGGAGGUUGAAUUUCAGCACUUGGUUUUGCUCCUGCAAGCUUGGCCGCCUAUGAAACACGACCACGUGUCCAGCAUAACCAGCAAUCCGUGGGUGAGACUGGCAACAGCGAUGCUGACCAGGUGCACAUCGGAGAACAAGGACGGACUGGGGAAUGAGGUUUUGAGAAUGUGCCGCUCUUUAUAUGACACCAAGCAGAUGCUCCCCACAGAGGGUGUGAGGGCGCUGAGCUCACUGCUGCUCAGCCAGUCCCUGCCGCUCCCAGCCCUGAAGCUUCUCCUCGAGAGCCAGGACGACGGCCUUCACGCCACGGCGCUGGAGCACAUCACCGCCUUUGUCCAGGUGAAUGACUCCAACUGCGACCAAGAACUUCUUUCCCUGCUCCUGGACGCCAGGCUGCUGGCCAAGUGCAUCUCUACUCCCUUCUACCCGCGAAUCAUCGAGCACCUCUUGGCCAGCCCGCAGCAGGGGCCCUGGGAUGCGGAGGGGCUGGCCAGACACCUGCGGGAGGCCGGCCACGGAGCCGAAGCUGGGUCGCUCCUUCUGGCCCUGCGGGGAACGCACCGGGCCUUGCGAACCUUCAACGCGGCGCUCAGCGCGGGAGAGCACUGGGUGUGAGUCCGGUCUGGGCCUGCGUGGUCGAGGUUUCUCAGCCACCCGGUGGGAAGGAACCCCAAAGCCAAAUGCUGUUCCAUGGGCCACGGGUGCACCUGCUGAUCGUUCUCAGUGGUUCCAAAAAUGCAAAUAAAGCUGUAUAUAAGUGA